AUGGUGAGGCACAGGGCCAAUGGUGAGGCACUGGCGUACAGUAGGGUGGAUGGUGUGCGUUGGGGAGUGUGUGUGCAAUCCGCAACCCACUUGGAUUGUUCUAGAGAGUUUGAAGGAUUGCGUGUGGUGCAAUGGGAUGUGCAGGUGCGAUGGGAUGUGCAGGUGGGGCUGGGCAAGCCAGUGUUCAUCCUGCCGGGCAAGGGACCUCAGUUCACGGCACACUUUGCCGAGGCACAGACCCGUCUGCUGGGAAAAUCUGUUGUUCUAUUAAAUUCCCCUGAAGAACUGGGGGCAACUGCUGCAGCAACAAUGGCAGAUGCAAGGGCUCUCCAAAAGAUUGCAGCAAAUGGAAGGAUACGAAUGGGUGGGCCGGGUGGAGCAAAGCGGAUAGCAACGGCUGUACUGGAUGCUUUGCUUUGGUGA